CACAAAGCCAUGAAAGGAAGUUUCAGCGUCACUAUACUUCAAUGUCCAACUCUAAAGCCAUGGCGGCACAAACUCGGCCAGAUAACCAGUUAGUUAAUCAUACUCGUAGCAUGUGAUACUGGACCUGAAUCCCUCGAUCUUGCCAUACAUUUGACCACACCCACCCGCCCACUCACCUGCCUUGCCACCAUGGCUGACUUGGGCGACCUCUUCUCCUCUCCUUUGAAGGCCUUUUUUGCUAAAAGCGCUCCUAGUCUGAGGACCUUCAAUGCCGGAUUAGACCAAUUCUUAGGAGAACGACCUUUUCCCAUGGGAUCGUUGACAGAGAUUUGUGGCGAGGCUGGAUCCGGCAAGUCCCAAUGGUGUCUCCAUUUGUGUGCUGUGGUUCAGUUGCCCUUGAGUAUGGAGGGAUUGGCCGGAUCAGCCGUCUAUUUGGAUACGGAGGGCUCAUUUAAUGGCGCUCGGAUGCGACAAAUGGCUGAUGCCACGCGAAAGAACGCCCUCGCCAUGUUGGAUCAAGCUCCGGAUUGUCAGGCCUAUUAUGGCCCAGGCGGGACGAGUCUUUACUACCCCAUCGCUCCACCAGGUUCCAAUACAGCCCCAUCCACCUUCCAUCCGGGUCCUUAUGGGUCACCUUCGGGUCAGGGUGGUCCAACCCUGUCGGCUUUCAAUGGGGGGGUGAGUGGUCCCAUUUCGGUGGGACAGUGCGGUAUCCCUGCAGGUGCAGGCGUUCUCCAAGCCUCCUCGUUUUCGGCGGCUCAUGCUUCGUUAUCACAACAGUUGGCGGCUCAAGCCGCCGCCGUGGCCGCUGCGGCUUCCCAACAUCAACUCGGUGUUCCAAGCAUGCAACCUCAGACUUCGCACUCUUCGUCGGGGUCGCUGUCGUGUUCCCCCUCCAUACCUGUGACGGCCAAUGGCACCCAUAAUUCUUCGCUCCUAGCCAUGAGCUCGCUCUCGUCUUCGCCUGCAGCCAAAAAAUUCCGUCCAGCUUACGCGCGACCCUCGUCGAAAAGUCAGCGAUAUAUUCCAAAACCACUUCCGGCCGAGUUGGGAAAUCUCAAACUUUACAGUAGCCCAGAUAUUCUGAUUUGUGGGAAUUGCCGAGAAAUGUUCUCCGACCUGGUGGAUAUGAUUGAGCAUAAAAAGCAUUACUGCAAAUUGCGCUUCACAUGCAAAUGUGACAUGACGAACGAUGAAGCCUGCUUGAACGGAAGUCUAUGCUCUACAACAAAUUCAGGGGACCCUGAUGAUGAGAUCGUGUGGAAUCAAAAUAAAAGCUUGGAAGGCCCUCGUGUUUCAAUCAACUCAGAUGUUAGUAAACCUCGCAGCUCGACGUCCACCCCAGCCUCAAAAUGGCUUCAUUGUAUUACUUGCAAGUCACCGUUUUCCAACGCAUGGGACCUGAUGGUUCAUGUACAAACAGCUCAUAUGCUGAAUAUUUAUCUCUUGGCGGACAGCAAAAAGAUGGGCCAACAACAAACAACUGUGGUUAAUGAUUCGAGUUUGGAUGAUCUUGGAACCUGCCACGGACCCUCACUUCCAUCUUCCACAAAAGAGUCAGACAUGGUUCCGUCAAGCGCGAUUUCCUCCACGAUUGUUUGUAUGUCCUCCCCCAAUUCGUUGAAAAAUGCAAUUGAGCCCAUAAUGUCUGUCGCAAGUGUUGUUGAAGCAGGCAUCUAUCCCACUGCCACCAACUCAUUGUCCUCAACGCCUUCAUAUUCAGCAUUUACGAGUAAUACCAGUACAACCCUAUCCCAAAAUGUUACCAUGUCCAAUAAGUAAACACCGUUAAGCUGCAAGUCACAAAUCACUUCCAGAUGUUUUGAGGCGAUCAUUCUUGGAUUCAAUGCUUUCAUGGUUUAUGGGAGCAUUGCCCUUGCUUGCUAUCCAAUUAGAUGUUAUACAUUAUAAAAUUUGAACGAAUUGAGCGAAUCAGGGUGGCAGUGAGAACAGACAUUCUGAAUAAUUGCCUCCGUUACUUUGUGUAUCUAAAAACAGGCCUCUAUUUUUAGACAGAGAUACCGUACAAAAGUCUUAAACACACGUAAUGUGAACUUUUAAAGAACAGAAAAGGUUUCUUCAGAACCGAAGCAUCGGACAGCUGAAAUUCGUAGAGCAGUGACUUGUGACUGUCAGCGCAACGGGUCUUUUUAUUGGAUGUAUAUUAGUUAGAAGAGUCAAUUCAUUGAGUUCAUUGCCAUAAUUUUGGUUCCUCCUCUAUUUUGAGCCCAGUUUGAUCAAAGAUCCCUUUGCCUUUUGAAUCGACAAUGGCGUGCGUAUCUUUGUUCCUGUAUCAAUUGUUCACAGACUGGAAGGUCUGCCCUCUGACUUCCGAAACCCUUGACGGCUACUAUAAUCAACUCUGUGCAACGAACAAAGAAGGAUCUUUAAAAUGGCCAGGAACUGAACCCUACCCAAAUUCCAUCCUCAAAAGUAAAUGUGUCUCGGGAAGUUGGAAAAGAAACCCUCGAACUUAUUAAUGUAUAAGCUCUCAUGGCACAAUUACCCCUCCCUUUAUCCAAAUGUUGUUUGAAGAUACAUGUUAGGUACCCAUAUUAUGUGCUGACGUUAAACGUGGAAAUAUGACUGUUUCCUUCUGACUAGAUCCAAUAAACCAUAUUCAGCAUCACACAAAUUGCUGAAUGCCGAAACA